UGGCGCUCCAGAGGACUCCCCGCCACUCUCCCCCAACCGGAGGCUGGUGAAGAUUCGCGGCUCAGUCACAGCCUGGCCGCGCUCUCCACGGCCAGAGACUGGGGACCAGUGUCUGAGCAUCCCCCGGGCGCGCACUUGGUGCGAAGGCGGGGGCGGGAAGGAUGCGGAGGGGGAGUUGCUGAUUCCCUAGCGAACCCAGGAAGUUGUCCUUAAGGAAAAUAUAUCGCUGGCCCGCGGGUGAGCAGCCACCUGGCCAGAGCAGCAUGUGGACUGGCUCGCCGGGUCCGCUAAGUGCUCUGUGGCUGCCGCUGCCGCCGCUGAGGUCAGAGCAGCAGCUGCCGGCAGCAGGAGCCCCGCGCGGGGCCAGGAGCGGGGACGCUCGGCCGCCGCGUCCCCUGCUUACUGCUGGCCGCUUCUUCUUGGGAGGUGGCAGUCACUGUUGCUGCUGAGAAACCAGCCCGCAUUUCCAUGGAUGGUCGCCUGAUGAGGAGUUGAGACUCUAGACCUGCCGCCCGGACACACAUGGCUUGUUACCUGGUCAUCAGCUCGAGACAUCUCAGCAAUGGGCACUACCGGGGCAUUAAAGGAGUCUUCAGAGGGCCCCUCUGCAAGAAUGGAUCUCCCUCUCUGGAUUUUCCAGAAAAGGAGAAGUCCACAGCAAAGGCUCUGGAAGAUGUAAAAGCAAACUUUUACUGUGAAUUAUGUGACAAGCAAUACCACAAACACCAGGAGUUUGACAAUCAUAUUAAUUCUUAUGAUCAUGCUCAUAAGCAGAGACUGAAAGAAUUAAAGCAACGGGAAUUUGCUAGAAAUGUAGCUUCCAAGUCAUGGAAAGAUGAAAAGAAACAAGUAAAAGCACUUAAGCGACUUCAUCAGCUGGCUGAGUUAAGGCAACAGUCUGAAUGUGUUUCAGGAAAUGGACCAGCAUACAAAGCCCCCAGGGUAGCCAUAGAAAAGCAACUCCAGCAAGGAAUUUUCCCAGUUAAGAACGGCAGAAAGGUAUCUUGCAUGAAGAGCGCUCUUCUCCUUAAAGGAAAGAAUCUCUCCAGAAGCAUUUCCGAUAAACAAUGGUCCACAGCACCAAAUCGACACCAGUUACAGACAGAUAGACGUUGUUUGUUUGGAAAUCGGGUACCACACACAUCUUCAGAUCAUAGCAAUGCAAAUCACAGGACAGGAGUAUCGUUUUCUUUUUCCAAAAAAGUGCAUCUAAAAUUAGAAUCUUCAGCAGCAGUUUUCAGUGAGAACACAGAAGAAACCCAUGAUUGUAACAAGUCACCCACCUAUAAAACAAAGCACACUGCAGAGAAACGCAUGUGCUGCAGGUUUGCAAAUGAAGACGCACACCUCGCUAAGGAAAAAGAUAUAAACAUCUCACCAAGCCAUCUGGAAAGUGUUUUACACACUACCUUCUCCAUAAGCUCUCAAAUCUUGCAAGACAAAAAUGACUCUGUUGAUGAAACACUGGAAGGUUCACUUGGCAUUCGUGCUUCAUUCAGUAAAUCUAAGAUUUGUCUUUCAGAUGCAAAAUUUACCCCUUCCAGCAGAGCAAAAGAAACUAGAAAGACAUUGAAGAACACUUCAGAAAACUGCAUUAAUCACUCAUGCCAAACAAAUGUUUCCUCCUGCCCACCAAACAUUUAUAGGCACAGUGAUGCCAGGAUAUUUGAGUGUCUGGAUGAGUUUCAAUCACUAGAGCCAAGUGAACAAAGCAGCACAGUACAUCUGAAUCCCAACUCCAGAAAGGAAAAGAGAGAAAAAUCAUUAGAUAAAACAGAGAGAGCUAGCAAAAAUGUACAAAGGCUUAUAAGAGAAGCUUGUCCCCAUGACAGGAAGGCCAAACCACUGCCUUUUCUCCACGUACAAAGCAAGGAUGGCCACACCACUCUCCAGUGGCCUACAGAGCUGCUUCUCUUUACAAAAACGGAGCCCUGUAUCUCUUACGGCUGCAAUCCAUUGUAUUUUGAUUUUAAGCUUUCUCGAAAUGCGAAGCAUGGCCAUGAUCCAGAGGACUUAAAAACAGAUCUGGAUUUGCUGAAAGAACCCUCAGAAAUGAAGACUACAAUAGAGAACCAAGUCUCAGGUUUAAUCAAAGACCAACAACAGUUGAUCCAAGAGGAUAAUCAAUCUCUGAAACCAAAGAUGAUGGUAGUUCAUCCAGAUUGGGAAAAUUUCCAGAGAAAAUAUAAUUUGGGCCACAAUGAUUCUGAGUCAAAUGUGACUGAAUGUAAUUUGAAUGCAAGCGAUUUGGAAAAGAAAAAUCCUGAAGUGCCUGCUUACCUUGAUAUCUCGCUAAAUAAUUUUGUAGGAAACAACAAUAAUAGUGAGAAUGAACUUAAGGAAACUUCCAGGGCCCAUUGGCCAAGCUGCCAAAGGAUAAUUCUAAAGGAUGCAAAUGAGGGUGUAUCUUUUUCUCCUUAUGUCUCUAGGACUAAAAAGCAUAAACUGAUUUCCUGUGACCCUCCUGUGGAUUUUGAAGAUGGGAAUCAAGUCACCUGGAAUUCUAGUCCUUACACAGUAAGGGGCCACAGUGACUGUGGGAAGAACUUCAGGGUAAUAUUGAAUAGCAACCACAUCAGCAUGACCAGCAGGGCUUCUGGAUGUGGAAACACAAGUUAUAAGAGAGGUUCUCCAAAGUCGUCUCUGAAUAGACAUUCAAGCCCUUCAGACACAUCCCCUGGCAGUACACCCAGCUUGAGAAGUACUUGCUCAAAUAAUAGGUCCAGUGGUCGUGGGAGAGGUAAUUUGCUCUACUUCUGCAAAAGACAUCACAACUCAACUGAAAGGCACAGACGGAAACGUCGAAAGCACAGCUGUCUCUGCUUGUCUGAUGAGCUAGCAAAGAGUGACUGUCCACCAUCUGAAACACAGAGAGGCAGGAGCUGCAAAUUGUGGGAGUCAGUUAAAAAUGAAAAAUACUCAAAACAUGGAUAUAGUCACUGCAGAGAAAAAUAUAAAGUGGGUAAAAAUCAACAGUUUUCAGGGCCAAAAUCCAGAAGAAUCCCCCAUUGCGAUGCUAGCUCCCAGACUUCUUGUGCUAGAAGCAGUGAAAACCCUCCUAACUGCCAGGGACUUCAGCACAGCAGAUUGGGCUUUUACUCAAGAAAGAAAAUGUAUUACUCAAAUAAAAGUGAACGAAGCCAACAGUCUUUGGACAGCCCUCAUCUUUGUGAUCUGGGAAAAGUAAAACCCACACAGUCUAACCCUGGGAAUAUAAGCUGCCUUCUAAGAAACUGUUCCGACAGCCCUUCAGAAACCACAGAGUUGAACAUUGUGGAAGGAAAGAGCACCCCCUUGACAGCCAAAAGCCUUUUAGAAAGAGUACAAGCCAAGAAACGUCAAGAACAAUCAACUCAUUUUGAAGUCACUUCAGACAGUUGUAAAAAUGAAUCAGAGGCUCAUUCACCAAUCCAAUGUACAAUUCAAUUCAUACCACCAGGUUGUACCAGCCCUGCAUUGCCUAUGUCUAAAAACAUACAGAACACAAGUAGAAGAAGAAAGGAUAAAGGCAGUUCAAUGCAAAGAACUACUGAGAAAGACACAGUCAAAAGUUCACAGACAAAUGAUUUUUCUGUUUUAGGAGACACCAAUUGUGAUAAUCACCUUUCUAAAGGUAUAAUUCAUGGAGCAGCGGAGUCCCACUCACCAAACAUGAAAAAGAACCCAACCACAAAAGAACAGUCAAAAUCUUUAAUUAGUGAGUUCCAACCUUUUAUUCAAAGCUGUGACCCGGUACCAAAUGACUUCCCUGGUGCUUUUCCAUCUAAUAGAUAUACUGAUGUUAUUGAUUCAACAGAGACCAAAGAGGACCGAAUAAAUCUAGACUUAGAGGAUGUAAGCAUGCAUAUGAAUCAUGUAGAGGGGACUAUAAACUCUUACUAUGACAGAACAAUGCAGAAGCAUGACAAAGUAGCAGAUGACUUAGAAAUGUGUCAUAAAUCUUUCUCUCCCCCUUUAAUUCAACAGCCCAUAACGUUUUCUCCUGAUGAAAUAGAUAAAUAUAAGCUCCUACAGCUACAAGCCCAGCAGCAUAUGCAGAAACAGCUCCUAUCAAAGCAUCUUCGAGUUGUGCCUGCCACAGGGCCAACGGCCUUCUCUCCGGCCUCAGCUGUACAGACAGUUCCGGUUCACCCGCAGGCUUCCAUCACCACGAUCCACCACACGUUCCUGCAGCAUUUUGUUUCUGCUUCCAUAAAUGCCCAUAGCAGUCACCUCCCUAUAGCUCAUCUCCAUCCUCUUCCGCAGCCACAUUUUAAUCCAUUCGCCUUUUCACCUCUGACUCCAACCAUCAUCCCAGCGCACCACACUUUCUUAGCGGGUCACCCCCUGCAUUUAGUCACUACUGCCCCCUUCCACCCACCUCACAUAACGCUUCAGCCCCUGCCCCCUGCAGCAUAUAUUCCCACAUUGUUUGGCCCUCACUUAAACCCAGCCACAGCUUCUAUCAUCCACUUGAAUCCUUUAAUUCAACCAGUGUUUCAAGGUCAAGAUCUUUGCCAUCAUUCUUGCUCCAGUCAGAUGCAACCAAUAAAUGGAGUGAAAGAGGCCUUAAAUGUGCCAACUCACUUGAACUAA